AUGGGGCGAAGACGGGGACGCGCACCUGGACAUGACCCGGAUUUCACGUUUGUUAGUCCAGUUGUGAAGUACCUGCUGUUCAUUUUCAAUUUUUUAUUCUGGAUAAUCUCCCUGGUGCUGGUGUCCAUCGGCGUGUAUGCCCGCAUCUCAAAGCAUGCAGAGACGGCUCUGGCCUGUCUGUCGGUGGACCCUGCAAUCAUGCUGCUGGUCGUCGGAGUGCUCAUGUUCAUCUUAACCUUCUGUGGCUGCGUGGGUUCCUUAAGAGAGAACAUCUGCCUCCUUCAGACGUUUUGUGUUUGUCUCACAGUGAUCUUCAUACUGCAGCUUGCUGCUGGCAUCUUGGGAUUCGUAUUUUCAGAUAAGGCAAGACAUAGAGUAAGCGAGAUCAUCAAUGAUGCCAUUAUCCACUACCGAGAUGAUAUUGAUCUGCAAAACCUCAUUGACUUUGGCCAGAAAGAGUUCGCCUGCUGUGGGGCUGUGACCUACGCUGACUGGUCCCAGAACCUGUACUUCAACUGCAGCAGCAGCAACCCCAGCAGGGAGCGCUGCUCCGUGCCCUUCUCCUGCUGCCUCACAUCCACAGACCAGAAGGUGAUCAACACCAUGUGUGGUCACGGCAUGCAAGAGCUGGAGUACCUGGAAGCCGGGAAACACAUCCACACUAAUGGCUGCAUAGACAAACUGGUGAACUGGAUCCACAGCAAUCUGUUCCUGCUGGGGGGCGUCGCCCUGGGGCUGGCUAUACCACAGCUGGUUGGUAUGUUUCUGUCCCAGGUUUUGAUCAAUCAGAUCAAAGACCAGAUUGAGCUGCAGAACUAUAACCUGAAGCACCGCGUUGACCCGUGGAGCUGA